UUGGCGUCUCUGCCCCAAAAAACGCCACACCACGAACACCCCGUAAUCCAGGAGGGGUCUGGCAGGGGCGGACGGUGGGCAAGGCAAUGCUGUGUCUUUAAUUUUCUUUUCCGAGGGGGAGCGGAGUCCGCAGAGCCAUGACAGCCUCGCUUGUUCAGCCCUCGAUGCGCCGUGGGUUUUCUCCAGUGGAGGGCACUCGGUGCUCCGCAAACUCCAGCCUCGGCACCCACCAGCUCGGGAGCAUCAUCGCUCUCUGGAAAGCCUCGGAAUUAGACGAGAGCUGCCUCUCAGCACCGCUACAAAACACUUUAAACCCCACCAGCUAAAUGGAUAAACCGAGCCCGCGGGGCUGCUGAAGCGGGCUGUGGCACGGCACGGGAGGCCCCGUCCGCUCCGGGAGCCGCGGGAGGAUGGAUCGCUGUGCCCGGCGAUGGCAAAAGGCAGCAGAAUGAGGGAUGCCAGGCGCCGGCAGAGCUCUGCUCCUUCCUCCCAGAGAAGUUGCUUCGCCUCCAUCGCCCGCUCCGGCUUUUCUCGCCGAUUGCCACUUCACGCCGCCGGCUCUCCGAUGACUUCCACAAUGGCUCUCAGAGCUUAGAGUCCCUCCCUACCCCCCCACACUCCCCCCAUCCUUCGUCCUGUCUUCCCCACCCCCAACCCCUUCCCUCUCCUUCCCCUUCCUCAUCCCCAAAAUCCUCGCUGGUCCUCUCCGGGGAACUUUGUGGGGUUCCUGGCGGGCACGCUGGAUGGCGGCGGGGCGAGCGGCGGCCGGGCUGUGACAUGAGGAUGCUGAUGGUUUAGAGAGAAGGAACCGGGUUUGGAAAAGAGAGAGAGGCGAGGGGAAAGCAAAAAAAAAAAAAAAAAGGAGGGAAAAAAAAAAAAAAAGGAGGAAGAGAGAGGCGAAAACAGCUGGAGGAAGGCGAAGGAGGACGUUAUUGAUGACAAAAGGAUGGGUUUCCAUGUGAUCAAGCAGCGGGGAGGCUCCAGGGCGCUGCUGGGGCUGCUUCCCCUGGCGCUGCUGGCGGGGCUGGCGGGCGCCCAGCGAGCCUGCCCCAAGAGCUGCCGCUGCGACGGCAAGAUCGUGUACUGCGAGUCGCACGCCUUCCGCGACAUCCCCCACAACAUCUCCGGCGGCUCCCAGGGCCUGUCCCUGCGCUACAACAGCAUCCAGAAGCUCAAAUCCCACCAGUUCGCGGGCCUCAACCAGCUCAUAUGGCUUUACCUCGACCACAAUUACAUCAGCUCCGUGGACGAGGACGCCUUCCAGGGGAUCCGGCGGCUGAAGGAGUUGAUCCUGAGCUCCAACAAAAUCACCCACCUGCACAACAAGACCUUCCACCCCGUGCCCAACCUCCGCAACCUGGACCUGUCCUACAACAAGCUGCAGGUGCUGCAGGCGGAGCAGUUCAAGGGCCUCCGCAAGCUGCUGAUCCUGCACCUGAGGUCCAACUCGCUGAAGACGGUGCCCAUCCGCGUUUUCCAGGACUGCCGCAACCUCGACUUCCUGGACCUGGGCUACAACCGCCUGCGGAGCUUGUCCCGCAACGCCUUCGCCGGCCUUUUGAAGCUGACGGAGCUCCACUUGGAGCACAACCAGUUUUCUAAGAUCAACUUUGCCCACUUCCCGCGGCUCUUCAACCUCCGCUCCAUCUACUUGCAGUGGAAUAGGAUCCGCUCCAUCAGCCAGGGGUUGACGUGGACCUGGAGCUCCUUGCACAACUUGGAUUUAUCGGGCAAUGACAUCGCGGGGGUGGAGCCCGGCACCUUCCAGUGCCUGCCCAACCUGCAAAAGCUGAACCUGGAUUCCAACAAACUCACCAACAUCUCCCAGGAGACCAUCAACACGUGGAUCUCGCUCAUCUCCAUCACUCUGUCCGGGAAUAUGUGGGAAUGUACUCGAAGCAUUUGCCCCCUGUUUAAUUGGCUUAAGAAUUUCAAGGGAAAUAAGGAGAGCACCAUGAUCUGUGCAGGCCCCAAACACAUCCAGGGCGAGAAGGUGAGCGACGCCGUGGAAACCUAUAAUAUCUGUGCCGAAAUCCAGGUGGUGGCCACUGAAAGGUCCUACCAGGCUCCCAAAACCCCCCAGAGACCCGUGUUCAUCCCCAAACCCACCGUUUCCAAACUGGAGAGCCACCAGCCGACGUCGGUGGCGCCGAGCCCUUCCGCAGACAUCCCGACGCCCGCGGUGGAGCCGGAGUACGAGCACGUGUCCUUCCACAAGAUCAUCGCGGGGAGCGUGGCCCUCUUCCUCUCCGUGGCCAUGAUCCUGCUGGUCAUCUACGUGUCCUGGAAGCGUUAUCCCGCCAGCAUGAAGCAGCUCCAGCAGCACACGCUCAUGAAGAGGCGCAGGAAAAAGGCCCGGGAGUCGGAGAGGCAAAUGAACUCCCCCUUGCAGGAAUAUUACGUGGACUACAAGCCAACAAACUCUGAGACCAUGGAUGUAUCCGUUAACGGAUCUGGACCCUGCACCUACACCAUCUCUGGCUCCAGGGAAUGCGAGGUCCCUCACCACAUGAAGACUUUGCCCUACUACAGCUACGACCAGCCCGUGAUCGGCUACUGCCAGGCCCACAAGCCCCUCCACGUCAACAAGGGCUACGAGACGGUGUCCCGGGAGCCGGCGGACACCUCCAACCUGGACCACCUGAGCCGCGACCACAGCUUCAUCGCCACCAUCGCGCGCUCCGCCGCGCCCGCCAUCUACAUCGAGAGGAUACCCAACUAACGUGGGGCGCUCCUCCAAGGGGGGGACAGCCCCGGGAGGGACCUUUCUUCUGGGAAAGAGACCAGGCGAGGCGCCCCGGGCCCCACGGUUCCAGCGGGAGGCCUUCCGAGGGGCAGGGGAUGGCCGCGGCCUCGGCGCACCGGCGGGCGGAGAGCGCGCGCGGAGGACUUGAGGAUUUUUCUUCGCUUUAAAACUUUCUGAACGAGGUUCCUCGGUGUAAAUAUCAAAGAGAGAGAGAGAGAGAGAGAGAGAUUGUCGGGUUCUUAUUGUCGGGUUCUUAUUAAAAAGAACGGCGGCGGCGGCGGCGACGGCGAGAAAUAGAUUUCACUCUAGCUACAUAAAAGGGAUGGAUUAAGAGUUUUGUUUGUAUAUUUGAUUUUUCUACAUUGCACGGUUCCAGGGAAGGAGAACCACAGGUAAAAAAUAAACGGGGUGGGGAGGGCGAGGCUCUGGGGAGGGUCAGCCAUGUUCCCUUAUUAAGUGUUUAUUACAAAGAUCCGUUGACUAUUUUUGUUCUUUUUAAACCAACGAAAGAUAGCUCUAUAUUUUCUUUUUUCCUUUCGGGGGUUGGUUUUUUUUUUUUGGUUGGGUUUUUCUUCGGUUGUUUUUUAAGUGGUCGAGCGUUAAUAUUUCAACCUUCAGACGUGGGCAUUAAAGCUUAUGUUGAACCAAAAGGACCAUGGCAAUUGAUGCAGCAGAAACAAAGAAACUCGGGUGCAUGUACAUUUAAGACACAGGCUGUACACUACGGAGGGGGCUUUUUGAUUUUUUUAUCUUCAUUGUGCUUCAUUGUUGACACUCUAAUUCCUUUUCGGGCUCUUAAAAAAAAAAAAAAAAAAAAAAAAAAAAAAGAAAAGGAAAAAAAGGGAGAAAUACUGCAACGGAGUCACGACUCAGAUUUCCAGGCCAGUGGUGCUUGUUAAGAAAAUUCAUGGACGUUUGGGAACCAAAAUGGAAGUGAAGUGCUCGAAAUGGAUCAGAAGGAAAAUCUUUUAAAGAGCAUUUAAUGCAACUCACUGGCUGACACAAUUUCUAAAACACAGCAGAAUGUGUAACGUUGUUUUUUUGGUUUGGGUUUCGGUUUGUUUUUGGGGUUUUUUUUUUAAUUAAUUAUUAUGAUCAGUUAGGUUUUGUGUAGUUUUUAUCAAUAAAAUGACAACAACAAACAAACAAACAAAAAAAAAGUGGUGGAAAAAAAAAUAAACAUAUUAUUUUGUGGUUGGGACACCACAGCCAAGCUACUGUUUGGAUGAUUUCUGUGGGGGUGUGACACGGGGGUC